AUGCAGCAAAUUCAAGCCCGAGAGCUUGAUAACUACCUAGCCAAGAACAUCGCCUCCGAUGCUACCAUACUCGAUCGACUCCAGUCCGCAGAGCAUUGGUUUAACAACCGUUGGUCUAUCACUAACAACGUGGAUAAGAUCUAUGCUCAGCUCCGAGAUAUCAACCACACUACUUUUAAGAAUGUCGAAGCCCUACACAGCAUCAUU